AUGACGCGUGUUUCAAAGCUAACGAAAGAUGCUCCUAAAUGUGCUGGCUCUGAUUAUACAGAUUCUCGAAGCCGCAAAGUUAUAUCACAUACUGAAGCUCAAUCCAUAUCCACCAUGAAACGCAGUAGCGAUUACGGAAACCAAAGUCACGAUAAUAUCAAGAAGGCCCGAUUCGGACAAGGAGGUUACGGCAGCUAUUCAUUGUCUGCUAGUGGUAUGAGAAACGACCUUAGCCAAGGAUCUUCCGCAAGUGAUUUGUAUAGUCACCAAUUUCCCCCUGUUAGUCCGUCAGCUAUGAUGAUGGGUAAUCACUCUUAUUCUCAAGGUAAUCCCGGAUUCCAUCACCACCACGGACAUCAAGGCGGUCAUUUUGCUGCCAUGGGAACAUAUCAACAUGCCCCACAAUAUGCUGCUAGCAUGGGUCAAUAUACCCCAACAGUAAGCAGUAUGGUUCCGCAAUUCUCAGGCUUUUCCAGCGCCCAAUUUCCGGGCUACCAACAAGCUGCAGUGGCUUCCGUUACGAACUCAACUGGUCGAACUGUAUAUCUUGGCAACAUUCCGGCGGAAGUACCGGUCGAUGAAAUUCUAAACCAAGUUAAAAUCGGACCUAUAGAAUCUGUGCGCAUUCUUCCUGACAAAAGUUGCGCGUUCAUUUCUUUCAUGGACGGGACUGCAGCUGCGGCAUUUUACCAUGAUGCAUCUACUAGAAAGAUUAUGAUUCACGGUCAAGAUCUGAAAGUCGGAUGGGGUAAGCCAUCCCCAGUCCCGUCUCAAGUGCAAAUGGCUGUCAGUUCCCAAAAUGCCACGCGAAAUGUCUAUCUGGGUAAUCUUGAUGACUCCAUAACAGAAACUGUAUUACGUGAGGACUUGGGCAAGUUUGGUGUCAUUGAUACGGUCAAGAUUGUCAGAGAAAAGAAUAUCGGGUUUGUGCAUUUCUUGUCUAUUUCCACUGCAAUGAAGGCGGUACAGUCUUUGCCACAAGAUCCAAAAUACACAAAUAAGAAAAUCAACUAUGGGAAAGAUCGAUGUGCUCAGCGGACAACGACUUCUAACGGUGCAGCCUCACAAUAUGCAUUCGGGGGAUCUCUUGGUUUCCAAACCUUCGCGUCAUCAGCUGCCGGUAGCACCGCCUCUGGUUCCAAUGCUGGAAAUCGCACAGUUUAUCUUGGAAAUAUUCAUCCAGAGACGAUAUGCGAAGAAAUUUGUAAUGUCAUUCGCGGUGGAAUACUCCAACAAAUUCGGUAUAUGCCCGACAAGCACAUUGCUUUUGUCACUUUCGUCGAUCCCAACGCGGCGAACAGCUUUUUGUAUCUCGCCACUCAUCAAGGUAUUAUGAUCAAGAAUCGCAGACUCAAAGUCGGUUGGGGGAAACCAUCUGGGCCUCUUCCUGGAAACAUUCAAAUGGCUGUCAACACGCAAAAUGCCUCGCGUAAUGUAUACGUCGGUCAAUUGGAUGAAUCGAUCACAGAAGAAAAGCUCAGAAGAGAUUUCUCCGAGUUCGGGGAAAUAGAGCUAGUAAAUAUUCUUAAAGAGAAGAGCUGCGGAUUUGUCAAUUUCACAUCAAUUCUGUGUGCCAUGAAGGCCAUCGAGGGUAUCAAAAUGAAGGAAGAGUACAAGAAAUUCCGAAUCAACUUUGGCAAAGAUAGAUGUGGCAAUCCACCGAGAGGGCUUUCGGGUGGUCCCAGCGGAGGUGCAAACAAGGCAAAUAAAGGACGUAACAAUGGAGAAACAGAUGCAAGAGUACUUCAUGGGGGCGAUACUUCCGAGUCUGAUUGUAGGAACGUUGAAGGUCAAGAAGACGAAGUUGCAGAAGUUGACGAUGAAUAUCCUACAGCAACAAUGGAUGUAUGUUUCAAAUGGGAGGAAGAGGACUUGAAGGAUGUGAAAUGUGAGGAAGAGGACUUGAAGGAUGUGUGUUUCAAAUGGGAGGAAGAGGCCUUGAAGAAGUCGAGAGAUCUUCCAAGGAAAUAA